GUUUACACAUGACAGCAUUGCAGUGAAGACAGAAAUACUUUACGAGCGGCCUUUAUAAAGAAAAAUAUAAAGAAUAUCUGAAAAUAGUUUCGUGACCAACAAGAAUAAUCAUAAAAAGGAAUAUUAGAAGAUAUCCCAAGAGGGAAAUUUGUGGAAAACCAAGCUAUGAACAUUUAAUACGUUUAUGACCGAAUCGUUAUUUAAUUUAAUUAAAUAAAAAACUUAAUAAAUAUUUUUUCAAUCCGCACUGUGACUCACAAGAAGUUUAUUUUUGGAUCCAUAUUAAAAAUAUUGUGGAAAUUUGUGAAAAACAUCUCGUGGACAAAAAAUUAAAGAAGAAUUUUUUAACCAAGAUAAGCAGUAUCUAUAACAUUUCGGAAUCACAAUGACCGUUGUAGAAGCAAUCUUGCCUGAAGAUCCCAUUUGGUGUUUGGAAACCGAGCUUAGUUCCGGACAAUCGUUUUGGCGUCGUGAUUCAUCAAAAGUUAAAUUCCGCUGUGAGGUUGAAGUUCUUGAAUUUGAACGUUAUCCUGAGGAAGAAGUAUUCUUAUCAAAAGACUUCUAUAACCCUCACUCGUUUCGAGAUCAAGACACGUCACAUCCGAUCGUUGUAAUUUCUACAUUGCCACCAGAACCAAUUUGGUGCCUUGACCGUCGCGAGUCUGGACAUUUAUUCUGGAAGCGAGAAGCGUCAAAAGUGAAGUUCAGAUGUGAAGUUGAAGUUUUAGAAUUUGUGAAAGAUCCAGCUGAAGAUGAACUGAUACUUGUGAAUGGCGACCUUACAAACACCUUCCGAAACGAGACGAUUUCUCAUCCUUUGGUGGUUUGUGCGACAUGUCUUUGCGCAAUUGCGGUUACUGUUCUACUACCCUGGUUAAUACUUGGUUCAAACUUAGGUUAAUCAUCUGAGCUUUUAUUGUUUAAGACCUUUAAAUAUGUAUACAUAAUUCACUUUAUGCCUUCGAAUUAAAUUUAAGAAUUUAUAUAAAAGACAAAAUUGUGAAAUAUUUGGACUUUAGUCAAUGCGCCUUCGUAGAUUAUUACGAAAUUCUUUCAGUCACGCGUAACAAAUUUGAAGCCUGAUGAUAAAGCGAGUUUCUUCAUAAAAAAAAAGUUUUGUUAGCAUUUUUUUAAAUCAGUUUUCCCGCAUUGAAGCGAGGAGAGAGAAAUAGAAAUAACAAAAUGAUUUUUUAACAUUUUACGAUUUUCCGGUCAAGGCGAAAUAAUGGUUUUUGCGUUCUCAUUUGUAACAAGUCGUUUUUCAUAAUUUUCCAUCCCUUCUGUCUGCAGUCAUUUAUAAAAAUAUUUUUGUUUUGAUGUAAACAAAUAUGCUGUGAUUAAACACAAUAAAAUAAACAUAAGUGGAAAACUUUUUAUGCUUCAGGGGCAGUAAGUAGUACCAUGAUUUUAUGAUUAUAUAAAUAGAAUGAACAUAUUUGAUAAUUAUCUUAUGAAAAAAACAUUCGAAUAGUUUAUCCAAGGUCUCCAAAAUAAAUCACUUCGAAUUAAAUAACUUCAUGCGUAAGUCAAGAAUACGAGGAAUGAAAUGAAUUUGCCUAAAUUUAUUACAUAUAUUUAACUGAUGAAAACUUUUUAUGUUGAUAAGGUUUAGAUAAAUAUUAAAACAUGAAAAAAAGAGAGAGAAACUUGUUUUUUAUACUUUAGCUAAAAAGAAGAUAAUAAAGCGAAGAAAGUUUGUUGGAAUG